AUGCUCGAGACGGACGGUAUGCACCGACUGCGCGCGCAGCCUGCGAGGCGCUGCUGGCAAGAGCUCGGUUGGAACGAGACCUACGGCUCAGAUGACUUCUGGGACUUCUGCCGCGCUCGGACAGGCGCCGUCGGUUGGCGCCCGCGGAUACGCGCAGGCAGCGCAGGAGUGUAGGUGAGACGUGCCGCGCGACGUGGGACGGUGCUGAUGGGAGCAGACUCGCCGGCGCCGCCGCGCAGCCAUGGGCCCAUCGCCGAGUACGAUGCGCGCGUCGAGGCGGGGCGCUUGAGGGACGACGAGCACCAGAGAAACAUCAUCAAGAACCUGCAGGACCUCCAUGACAUGCUCGCCGCCUACCAACAGCCGCCCGUCCGCCAGCCCACCCUCGAGUCGCUGCAGCCGCCCAAGAAGUCCUUCUUCUCCUUCCUCUCCGCCGCCGAGCCCACCCCUGCCCUGCCGCCCAUCCCCGCCACCCUGCCCAAGGGCAUGUACAUGUUCGGCGACGUCGGCUCCGGCAAGACCAUGAUGAUGGACCUGUUCUACGACACCCUGCCCGCCGACAUCACCCGCAAGACCCGCAUCCACUUCCACGCCUUCAUGCAGUCGGUGCACAAGGACCUGCACAAGAUGAAGAUGGCACACGGCAACGACAUCGACGCCAUCCCCUACGUCGCUGCCAACAUCGCCGAGCGCUCGGCCAUCCUGUGCUUCGACGAGUUCCAGUGCACCGACGUUGCCGACGCCAUGAUCCUGCGCCGCCUGAUGGAGGCUCUGAUGGCCCACGGCACUGUCAUCGUCACCACCAGCAACCGCCACCCCGACGACUUGUACAAGAACGGCAUCCAGCGAGAAAGCUUCAUCCCCUGCAUCAACCUGCUCAAGCGCCGCCUGACUGUCCUGAACCUCGACUCCCAGACCGACUACCGCAAGAUUCCGCGCCCGCCGUCGGGCGUGUACCACCACCCGCUCGACCCGAGCGCCAAGACACACGCAGAGCGCUGGUUCAGGUUCCUAGGCGACUUCGACAACGAUCCCCCGCACAAGGCGACCCACCAAGUCUGGGGGAGAGACAUCGAGGUUCCAAAAGCGAGUGGAAAGUGUGCGUGGUUCAGCUUUGACGAGAUCAUUGGCCGCGCCACAGGCGCCGCCGAUUAUCUGGAACUCACCAAGGAAUACGAGGCCUUUAUCAUCACCGACGUGCCUGGCAUGAACCACAAGAGCCGUGAUCUGGCCCGCCGCUUCAUCACUUUCAUAGACGCCCUCUACGAGAGCAGGGCAAAGCUCGUCCUUACAACCCAAGUUCCCCUGACACAACUUUUCCUCUCGGCUGACGAAAUGACCGAUGCUCUCUCCGCCUCCAAACAGAAAGGUCAGAUCCCUGACUCCGCCGACCCGGGCGAAAAUCUUGACGACGCCAUGCGCAGCCUGAUGGAUGAUCUGGGCAUGAACAUGACCAUGCUGAAAAACAGCGCCAUCUUCUCCGGUGACGAGGAGCGCUUCGCCUUUGCGCGCGCACUGUCGAGGUUGACUGAAAUGGGCAGCCAGGAGUGGGUUGAGCGCGGAUUGGGCUUGGAGAAGUUGGGCGGCAAGCAGGAGCGAGAUACCUGGCAGAAAGUUAGGAGUCAUUGGCGCGAGGACUUCAUGUGAGACCGUGGACAUGGAACUGCGUUUAGCGAUACAUGCAUCUAUGGCGUUGCGAUUGCGGUGCAUCUAGAGACAUAACUUGAGCCUGUCCGUCUUGCUAUAUUUGUUGCUCAUGUCAGACGCGAUAUACUGUUUUUCUCUCAGUAGAUAAAGCGUUGAUCGUGCCAUGAUCAUGUUGCCCUCAUCACCAUGUAAAAGUACUGUAAAAAGAGUAGCGGCUUCCUUUAUUGUGUGCUGAUCCAAAUUUGCGUUGAGACGUGCAUCCUAUACUCGACUACUACUUGUGUCGAGUUGCAAGUAAAAUUUCACAUUAGAGUUAGUACAAUUCACGUACUUUAAAUUGGUACUUUCGGUAGACGACACCAUUUCCUGUCCACAGACAACUUUUUGUCUCGGAGUUCGAGUACUCGAACGCUGCCAGAGGGCCUUGAAGGUCCCAAGACUACUGGGUGUAUCAGCAUGCUCAGUCCACG